AUGUUUAAUCCAGGUGCUCAAUUUAACGGUGACUCUCAGUCUCCUCCUCUUCAUCAUCCAGUUCCUCAACGACCCAUCCCCAGAUCACCGCCGAACUUUGAUGACUCUAUCCAAAAUCCGCCACAAAACCCUUAUGUUCCAACUAAUGCAUAUGGAGCCUCGAUUCAUCAUCAACAACAACAUAUGCAACAGCAGCAACAACAACAACAGCAGCAGCAGCAGCAGCAGCAAUUUGGCGCCAACUCCGCUUUUGGAACCGCUUCAACAGCAUUCCAUUCAAUUGGAAACACCCAGCAACAACCAAAUGCUCCAUUUUCUGGUUUUCAGCAAUACCUCAAUGAUCCCAGUGCUCAAAUCGGUCUUUCAGUUGGACGCAAUGCACUAAAUUAUGGUCAAGAGUAUAUUGGAAAAAAUAUCAACCAAUACAUCUCUACUGGAGCCUUAAAAUAUUACUUUCAAGUCUCAAACUCCUAUGUUCUUAGGAAAUUAAAACUUGUUCUUUUCCCAUGGAGACAUGGCCACUGGACACGAUCAAUUCAAAGAUCUGACACUCCUGGCCAGCGUGAUACUUAUGCCACUGCCCGCGAUGAUAUCAACUCUCCAGAUAUGUAUAUCCCAACCAUGGCCUUUACGACCUACAUUUUUAUCAACUGUAUAUCUGCUGGUUUGAAUGGAACUUAUCAUCCUCAGUUGAUUGGCGUGAUUGCUUCUAAGACAAUUGCCUUUCUUUUAGUUGAAUUGCUAUUCCUCAAACUUGGGACCUAUUUAUUAAACGCCGGUUCUAGUCUACUUGAUUUUGUCGCUUACAGCGGCUAUAAAUUCAUUGGUAUCAUUUUGACCAUAUUGGCCUAUGCUAUUUCUUCAUCCGCCAAAAUAAAAUGGGCAGUUUUUGUUUACACUGCUACCUCUAAUUCCUUUUUCCUUCUAAGAUCUCUUAGAUAUAUUCUUUUGCCAGAUAGCAGCUCUGUUAAUUCUACAGCACACACAAUCAAUCCAGGACAAAAGCAACGCCGGAUACACUUUCUAUUCAUCUACAGUUUUAUAGUACAGUUUGUUUUAAUGUGGUUUUUGGUUUAA